CAGAAGAAGAACGCAAACAUGGCGGUUCCCCAGUUUGUCGGUAAAGCAGAUUUAGUUAAACAAGGAGCAGAAGGCCGCGUGUACCGGGCACAGUUUCUCGGUAAGCCGACCAUAGUGAAAGAGAGGUUCCGUAAACGCUACCGACACCCGGUGCUGGAUGAGAAACUGACCCAUCGCAGGACAGUUCAAGAGGUCCGCUCCAUCCUCCGCUGCCGGCGAGCAGGCAUAUCUGCUCCAGUGGUUUACUUUGUGGACUACACCUCCCACUGCAUUUUUAUGGAGGAAAUUGCAGGAUCUUCAACUGUGCGAGACCACAUAGUCUCCACACAACAGGCUAACUCCUGUAAGGAGCUGGAGCUGCAGCAGCUGGCUGAGCGAAUCGGCCGGAUCUUAGCCAAAAUGCAUGAUGAGGAUGUCAUCCAUGGAGACCUGACCACCUCCAACAUGCUGCUGAGGUGCAGCUCACAGGACACAGAGUCUGACCUAGUCCUUAUUGACUUUGGCCUCAGUUACAUCUCCUCUUUGCCAGAGGAUAAGGGAGUAGACUUGUAUGUUUUAGAGAAGGCAUUCCUCAGUAGUCACCCCAACACAAAUGUGCUGUUUGAAAAACUGCUGCAGAGCUACACCAAGUCAUCAAAGAAGUCUCCAGCGGUCAUCAAAAAGCUGGAUGAGGUCAGGCUCAGAGGCAGGAAGCGGUCCAUGGUGGGCUGAAGGGGGUUUCUGUUGCAGAACAAGAAAUUCUACAUUAUUUUGAACAAAUGUCUUAUUAUAAUAAAAAGUAGUUUCAAUAAUCCUAAUGUGAUUUACUUUUUGGUCCACUUCACUACUUGAUUUCAUAUGUAGAAAAAAAUCAUGCAAGUUUUUCUUUUUCAGGAAAAUCUCUCCAUUAGCUAACAGUAGUUUAGCUAACAUUUGCUCUGCUAAUCUGUUGAACAGUGUGGCUUGAAUAUUGCUAUAAUUAAACUAGCAUGUUUUGGGCAACUCCA